ACUAAACAGAUAUGACUAUAUCAUUCUUCUAUCACCACGAAGAAGACGCGGUCUUGGUUUGACGGGAAAAUGGCGUCCGCCACGGAAAUUCAAAUGUAUUUGACUAGGAUUGUUUUUGCUUUUGUUUUAUUCUUAACAAUUGUGAAAGGCGAUGACAUAUUUCCACUAACUGGCGGCAAGCCUGUGACUAGAAGUGAAGACAAAACAGGCCACAAAGUCAUACUUCCGGCUAACUUAAAGUUUCCGUUCAUGGGAACCAUCUAUGAAGAUCUCUAUGUAUCUAAAGAUGGCCUUGUUGGAUUUGCUCCAGGGACACUACAUCAAACCGAAAUAUUGACUGAAACUCUUACCAAAGAGGAUCCGGCAUUUGCGGCUCCAUAUUAUUUUUCUGCACAAGACAUUGGUUCUAACUUAAAUAGCAAGCCAUAUACUGGUGAGGUGUUGUAUAGAACAACAGAUUCUGAUAUACUUGCAGGGGAGUUAUCAAACUACUCUUCUAUCAUCCAGGAAUCUAUGGUUGGGUUAGAAUAUCAGUUCGAGGCUUCUUAUGCUUUGGUGAUCACGUGGACGGACGUCAUAUCUAAAACAGAUGUCUUGAAAGGUUGCAGCUCGUGCAGGACUAAUACAUUCCAAUUAGCAAUGUUGACAGAUGGUGCAGCAAGUUUUGCUAUAUUUAAUUAUGUUAAAAUGGAUAUAACACCAGACAAAUUUACACAGUCUGGUUUUAAUGCUGGCGAGGGAAGAGGGUACACAACCGCAUUAAACGCUGGACAAUUGCAAUAUCCCAAGAGUUAUCAAGGAAGUGAUACAAAGGGGAGGUAUAUCUACAGAAUAGACGGAGAACAAAUACAACAUGGCGGAUGCUCUAACGAUCGUGGAGGUGUUCUAAAUAUUUAUCCAACAUAUGCUGGAAUGCUUGGUGGUAAAAUGCUGGAUAUAUCUGGUCCAUGUAUGCAACGUAGCACACGUCUAACACAAGUUAAGUGUAGAUUUGGAGGUAGAGAGGAUUUAGUCACACACGGCUAUAAAGUUAAUGUUAUGAAGGCAAGAUGUUCUGUUCCAAGAAUGUCUAUACGUGGAUGGAUUACUGUGGAUGUAUCUAUCGACGGGCGAUCAUAUUCACACAGUACAAAAAUACUGAUUGUUAAUCCAGGGAAAGUGUCUGGUGCGGAGAGACUUCAGUUACCUUAUAUGGGCCAGGGACAAGGUUGGAACGAGACGGACACAACACAGUUGACUUUAAAAUGGAACAGUUCUUUGUUAACAGAUAAUGGAAAUGCAAACCUCAACAUUUCUUUGAUGGGAUAUAAGGAAAAUAGUAAUGGAGUUACCUGGCACAACCUCAGAAAUAUAGGAUCUACUCGAGCAUCCGAUGGGCAGUUUACAUUUGAGACAAGUAGUAUAACGUGUAUAGGUUCUAUUUGUGAUGAGUAUGAAAUCGGAGUUGUUAUGGCUGAACUACAAGAUCAAAAACAGGCUACGUCCUACAGAUUCAUCAUAAGCAAGUUGAUACCUCUAGGAUUUUUUGUAAACAACGCAAUGGUCAUGAAACUAGGUGAGAAUUGGCCAAGUCAGAAAUGUAAGAUGUGGCAUGACAAGGAUAAACAGGAUAUGAGCUGGUUGAACGAUGUAGAGAGUUGUCCCUGUACACUAGUCCAGGCUCUGAGUGAUAUAGGACGUUUCUACUCUGAUGCUGGAUGUUACUUGUAUGAUAGAACCAGUAAAUGUAGAUACCACGAGGGAUCUGUCCAUUGUGUCCGAUCUGUUCAACCGACCAAAUCCGGUGCCGGUAACCAGUGUUGUUAUGAUGCCAAUAGUAAUCUGAGGUACGCCGCUGAUAGUUUUAGAGGAAGCACUCCAGAUAAAAGUCAUGGAUUGGGUGCCGCUCCUUUCGGUCGCCUUGACCUUGUACCUGACAUGUCUCACUGGGUAUUAGAUAUUGCUUCACUCUUCCAAUGCUGUAUGUGGACUGACUACAAGGACUGUGAUUAUUAUAUGGACCAACGACCAACCAUUGACUGUAAAGGAUAUAGCCCUCCUAUGCCAGCAAUGAUUUUUGGUCAAGGUCAUAUUGAAACUUUUGAUGGGAUGCAUCAACGUAUGUGUGGUCAUGGUGAUUUCCUAUUGAUGAAUACUACAUUACCGGAUAAAAGUGUUGUCACAGUUCAAGGUCGAUUCUACGAAAAUGUUUUCCCUGAAGUUGUUGGUGAAAGAGGAAAUACCUCUGUCAUGUUAACCAAUGUAGGAAUUCGUGUUGUUCUUGGUAGAACUACUGAAACUGUAGAAAUCAGACUUAAACUACCAACAGCAGACAGGAGUGAACGUUAUCUUGACGUCCUGGUCAAUCAGCAAUAUCGUUUCUUUGACAAUAAACAAUCCUACUGGCAGGACUUUAAAUCAUUCACGGUUGUGAACACGGACGAGACAGGUAAAGAAGCUAACUUCACUGUUAUUCUAAAGCAGUAUGGACUUGCUGUACAGAUUGCUGACUGUGACAAAACUUUGUGUGUCUUAGUUGUGGCACCACCUUCAUUUAAGGGAAAAGUAGCAGGCUUGCUUGGGAACUUUAACGGGAAUGCCACAGAUGACUUGCUACAUGUAAAUUAUACAAUAACUGAAGAGAUGAAACAAGACAAACUAGAUGAUUUAACACUUUAUCAAUAUUUCAAAUAUCCAUGGGCAACACCAGCGAAAGACAGUGUUUUACCAAUGCAUGUCGCGCCAAGUCAUGACCCGCCCAUUUGUUCCGUAGAUCAACCGCUGAGACAACCUCUCCGGGAAUGUGACAAUACUAAACCUUGUUUGUUUGACUAUACUGCUACUGGUGGCAGGGACCUUGCAUUAAGAACUAAAUCAAUGUCUAUGAGAAUCCACGAACUACGACAUUUUCUUACACCAGUAAGAUCGUGUGGUCUUCUCAACGUUCCACGAAGUGUCAAGAGUAGCACGAAUUACUUACUAGACCAGACAGUAACUAUAGAGAGUUGUAGACAGGGACACCUACAGGGUGAUGACACAACAUAUUCAUGUUCAGCAACAAGUGAAACUACUCAGACAUGGUCUCCAUCGGUCAAUGCCAAAUGUUCAGAUACAGUUGAGACUGCCGACACUGGUAUGAUAGUGGGUAUUGUUGUUGCUGUUCUUAUUUUCAUUAUUAUCCUUGCUAUUGUUGUUGUUAUUGUCAGGAAGCGAAAGAACAGAGAGUAUGAUUCUAGUAAGGGACAGUAUGGUGCUCCUAAGGAGGAGGAAACUGUAAGUUACAGUCGACCACAUAAACCAGCUAAAGAACCAACUGACGAGGGAGAGAAAAAACAAGAAUAUACAUUGUAAAGAUACUAGCAAUCAUUUUGUAUAUUUUGUUCCUAUGCUAAAUGAAUGAAUGGAUGGAUGAAUGCAUGAAUGAAUUAAUGAGGUGAAAGAAUGUAAAGCUUUGACAUAUGCAUGUCUUUAAAUGUUAAACUGCUUAAAUGUUGAUAAAAAUGUUAUGUUUUCGGAAUUGUGAUGAAACAAUGUCGAUGUUUGCUUCAACUCAUUGUGUGAGCUUUUGUUUGGUAAACUUAUCAUUUAUUUGGUAAUAUAUAAAAUACAAUUUAAGAAUUGCACGUAUUGACUUCUCCUCCACACAAUGUCAUUUUAAAACGAUAGCAUAUAUGGGAAUCAUAUGUUAUAGUUGUAAAUGUCAAUUUACGGAUCUUCAAAAAGAAUCAACAAUUGUUGACGAAUUGAUACUUGAAAACGCUUAUAUUUACAAUAAAAUUUAUUACUAUCACUUCAAUGAAUUUUCUUUUCGUUUGAUGUAUUUGAAAACUUAAAUGAUUAAUUGUUAACAAUAUCUUUUUUCAUGUUAAGGUUUUUUUCCUCCUUAUCUUUUAUUACAUGAUUUAUACCUGUAACUAAUAUUGAUAUAGCUUAAUUGAAUGUUAUCUUUGUGUGUGUUUCUGUAUUCCUAAUAUAGUACUCACACUACACUUACUUAUAAAUGUUGACACACCUUUAAUUUUCAAAUUGUGUAUGUUGUUGUUGGUACUUGUAUAACAAACAUGCAAGUAUUGUGCAGAACCUUCUCUUGCUAUCAUGUGCAAAUGAAAAUAAGUCUACCUCGAUGCCACAUACAUUUAAGUGCUCAAGAACAAAUUUACAGUUAAUUAUUUAUAUUUUUAAGACUCAACGGUUGAAAUAGGUUACAUAUUAAUACUUUUAUCGAGAAAGGCAGCAUUUGUGACGAAUUUGUAUCAAACAUUUUUUUCUACGUUAGUUUUAGCAUUUAAUGUUAUACAUCAUUGCAUGAAGGAUCUUGAACAGAUAUAUCAUGUUAAGGAGGGGUAUUUGCGAAAAAUACCAGUCGAGAGAAUGUAAAAUUUCACGAGCCAUAAGGCGAGGGAAAUUCCUUCUCAAGACUGGUAUAUUUCGCAAAUACCCCUCAAGUACAUGCUAUAUUAUUGAAUAGUAAUUUUACUUUGAUGUAACACUCAGUUUAGCUGAUUGGCUGAAAUGUUUUUGUUUAUUAACUCAUAGACAUAUUUUUUCAAUGUGACUUGGGCGUAAUCAACGGGUUUUUUUUUAUUCAUGAUUUACUUUUUUAAAAACAAUUAAGAAUCAAAUUGUCAAGAAUUACUGUUGAAUUUAACCAUCAAUUCGAAAUAACUUUUAAAAUGUGGUGCUCUGCGGGUUAGUGAGUGUGAACCACAUUUGUGAUAGUAAUUCCUCAUCGACAGAAAAGGUUAUUUACAGUCAUUCCUUAUAACUAUUUAAUCAAACUUAAUUAAACAUACAAUACCUGCCCUACCAUGUAGCCACCUAUCAAAGUUGUUUUUCUCAGCAUCAUAAUUACACUUUCAUUAUACUGCACAUUGAUCAAACUCAUUUCAUUGUAUUUUUACCAUUUCAUCUUUUUUUUCUAUAUGUAGGAACACAUUUAUGUAUAACCAUGCUUAUUAUGAUGUACACUUGAUCCCGUUAUACCAUUUGACACUAGUGUGUGUAAUGUUAUAUGAUAUGAACAUAUUUUGUAUACAUCAGUGAAAAAUAAUAUGAAAAGAUAGAUAAAAAAUAAAAAUUUACCACUCU